AUGACACAGCCGACUAGGCCCUUGGUCACCUGGGACCUGGGAUCCUCCACGAUCAACGGGACCGCCCCCCAGGCGACCACUAGUUCUGCCGCCACCUCGGGCUCCAACUACCAGCGCGAUAGACUCGGCCGCCGCCGAGAAAUCGGCGUAGUGGGUCAGCCGCAGAUCUGCUUCCCGCGGCCGCGGACCGAACAGCAGCCGAUGCUCUUCAGCAUGAUGAAUUCCAGUGAAGCAGCAAUGACAAAAACUUUACCCAAGAGCCGUUUAUCUCGGGUGAUUAUGCAUGAUAACCGCAUUGCACAACGAAUCUAUGAGAUGGAGGUGAAUGCUUUAGAGAAGACCAAGAAAAAGAUGAUCCGCUACUAUGAACACCUGAAAAAAAAGUUCAUGAGAGAGCAGCUCAGAAAGCUGGGGCGAUAGAGAGAUGAAUCCGUGAACAACCAGUACUUAACCUUUGG